AUGGUCCUUGAGAUGCCCAACCGCAACCGCAACCGCAGUGACAGUCGUAAUCGCAGCGACAGUCUUGACCGUGAUAAUAACCGUCGCGGCCGCGACACCUACGAGCACACCAUCAACCCGGCUCUGAUCUUUGGUCUAGAUCGCCUCCGUGAUGGCCUCGAGCUUGUCUACGGCCGCAACGCCUUCACUGUCGUCGGUGACAUUAUGCAGUUUACCGUCCGGGUCCGUCUUCCCAUGCCUGAGAACUUGGUCGCGCGCCUUCAGGAUGAGGGCUUUCUCCGUCGCGAGCCAGUCGAAGUUCUCCCUAAGUCUGUGAAGGAUCAAAUCAAGGCAAACGGUUGGUACCAGAUGCGGCCUUAUGAUCAGGAGGAGCCUUAUUAUGGACAGAUCUGGAGUAGGACUCUGGAGCGCGGAGUAUACCAGUAG